GUUCGAUAAAUCUAUGGUCAAAACACGUGUUAUUCUAGGUUAAGUUUGUUAUUUCCAAUAAUUACAAUUGUUAAUGUUUUAAAAUUAUAAAAUGCAGCACGAUGAUGUCGUUUGGAGUAUUAUUAAUAAGUCAUUCUGUUCUUACAAAACGAAUACAAAAACCCAGAAGUUCUGUCGAAAUGAAUAUAAUUUAACUGGUUUAUGUAAUCGAUCGAGUUGUCCAUUAGCUAAUAGUCAAUAUGCCACAAUAAGGGAAGAAAAUGGAAUAAUAUACCUCUACAUGAAAACUGCAGAAAGGUCCGCUUUUCCGAAGAAAACAUGGGAGCAAGUAAAAUUAUCGAGAAACUUUGAAAAAGCUAUUCAUCAAAUAAAUGAAAAUCUUUUAUACUGGCCAGGAUUUAUAAAAUCUAAAUGUAAACAGAGAUUUAUUAAGAUUACACAAUAUUUAAUACGAAUGAGAAAACUAAAAUUAAGACGACAAAAAUUGAUAGUACCAUUGCAACGUAAUAUAGAAAGAAGAGAAAGGAGAAAAGAAGAAAAAGCAUUAGUUGCUGCUAGGAUUGAAAAAGGAGUAGAAGCAACACUGUUGGAUCGAUUAAAGAAGGGAGUUUAUCAAGACCUUUAUAACAUUCCUCAACAAGCUUUUGAAGAUGCCCUUGAAGAAAGGGAAGUAGAAUCUGAACAAGAGGAUGAAGAAAUUGAACAAGAAGUGGAAAAUGAAUCGGAGGGACCAGAAUUUGUAAUGGCUAAUUCUGAUGAUGAAAGCGGUGAAAGUGAUAGCGGUAACCCACAGGAUGUCGAUUUGGACAGCAGUUUUGAAUCUUCAGAGGGUAGCGAUAUAGAGGAUAUGGUAUCUAAUUCACAGAAUACCAAUAAACUUAAAGGUAAAAACAAAAAAGGUGCUCCAGGACCAUCUAUAACGAAAUUGCAGAAGCCAAGGGUUGAACUUGAGUACGAAAUGGAGCGUGAAACUUCGGUGCGUCACAGAGAAUCUGUAUUAUAAAAUAUGUUGUACACUUAAUUUGUAUAAAUAUUAAAGAUAAUAU